GCCUCAUCCCGCCACCCCGGCAUGACGCACCUCCUGGGCAGCCCCACCUGCAUGGACAGCCUGAGGGCUGACAUCACGGACCUGCAAGGAGCCAUCGCCGACGUCUUCUCCCGGGCUGGGGCUGUUCGCUACCCUUCCUGGAAGUUCCCCGAUAAAGUAUCCUGCGAGCUGGACCUGGUGGAGCUGCUGGAGCGCUACGACUACGUGGAGAACGACCUCGAGUUCACCCAGCAUUCCCACGUGGUGCUGCUGGAGCUGGUAAUCGACAGAAGGCUGCUCCUGCUGCUUCAGAGCUUCACAGGCUAUGCAGAAAACCUGCUCAGCGACAAAGCCAUCCCCCCAGCGCAGGCAGUGGGGCCCUGCAUGUCGGCGGGGCUGACGGUGCGGAAGUACUGGAACAGCAUGCUGAAACUGGGAGCCCUCUACAAGCAGCUCCUGACUGAGAAGAUGACUUGCACAAAAGACAUCUCCACACUGAAAUCUACCCCUGAGGGUGUGAAAACUGAGAAGGAGCAUUUGAAGAGCUGUUCACCUGCUGUUUCGGAGUUAACCUCAUCCAUAGAUAUUGCCCAGUCAACCUCUUUGUGCCUGCUGCAGAGUGUCAGCGUGCCAGACUGUGACACCUCUGGCAACUCGCUUCCCAGGUCUACAUGCAGCCGCAGCAUCCCCACACAGACAACUGAGUCAUCUCUGGUACCCUGUGACUCGUGUGCUAGUGCACAAGCCAGCCUCCGGGAGGUCAGCAAAGCCAUCACCGGCAUCUGCCAGAGUCAGAACAUCCCCUCGGCUCUGAGCAGAUUCCACGAGACAUUGGAGGAGACCAUGGGUAGAAGGACCCUCUCUGCAAUGGACAUGAGUUACUGGGCCUCAGAACAAAGCAAGGACCUCUCCCGGAUCAGCAAACAUCUCCACAUGCUGCUGCAGCUGAUAAACCCUCUGAAGUCAAAGCUGGAAGAAUCAGAGAAACAGAAGGAUGAGCUGCAGAAGCAGGUUGAGGAAUUUGCCAAAUUGCUUCAGGAAGAGAAGAAAACCCAAGAACAGCAGAGGAAGGAGGCUGAGCAGACCCUGGAAGUAAAGAAGAAAGAGUAUUUGGAGACUGUAGUCAAACUGGAGCAGGAUAAGGAGGACCUACGGAGAGGAGCUGCUCUGCUGGAAGAGCGAAUCUCUACCUUAAAGGAAGAGCUGGCUGCUAAGCAAGCUACUCUGCAGGAGCUGGAGGCGACCAAGAAGACCCUGCUGGAGGACAUGAAGACCAAGAUGGUGGCCAAGAACCAGGUGCUGGAGCUGGAGGAGAAGGUACAGCUGCUCACUGGCCAGCAGGAGGGCAUGGGCCAGGAGCUGAGUACUGUCACCACUCAGCUGGAGAAAGAGAAGGCCAAAGUGGAGAGUAUGCUGAGGCACGAGGAGUCCCUCCAGGCCAAGCAGAGAGCUCUGCUGCAGCAGCUGGACAGCCUGGACCAGGAGUGUGAGGAGCUGCGAGCCAGUCUGGGAGAAGUUGAGGAGGACAAGGCCAGGCUGGCAGAGCAGCUGAAGGAGAGCCAGGACACAAGGGAGCAGAGCAGGUGCCAGCUAGAGGCACAGCAGAAGCUGCUGGAAACCCUGCAGCGGGAGAAGCUGGGCCUGGAGCAGUCCAUCUCCGAGCUACGCACAAACAUCUCUGGCCUGGAGGAGCUGAUUCGGGAGCUGAAGGAGCGGGAAAGGCUCCUGGUGUCCUUCCCAGAGCUCCAUGUCCCUGUUGAGACACAGUUUGAGACCACUGGGAACUUCACUGAGGACAUGGAGAAGCAGCUGCAGGCCAACAACAUCAGGCUCAGCGUCCUGGAGCAGGAGAACGCGCGGCUCAGGGCUGCGCUAGCCAAGGUGAAGGUGGCAGCUCAACAGGGAGUAUUGAAGCUCCCAGCGCCUUUACCGCAACAUCUAACGCUGGGAAUCAAAGCGGGCCGGGCAGGCUGGGACGGCGACGUGCCCGACGAACGGCAGCGCGUGCCGGGGUACGGGGGCAGCACGGCGGCAGUCCCCUCUGCUGACGGCAGCCCUCCGCCUCUAGCUUCCCUGCUUUCUGCAGGACCGCUGCUGCAGUGA